AGCAGGAGAGUGCCGAGAUCGCACCAUGUGUUGGUUCUUCCGCCAAUUGCAGACGCUACACGGGAGCGGGGCACCGCCUACAAGUGCCAGAAAUAGAUGGAUCUGAGAAUGGAGAAGAUGAGUGCACAAAAAGGAGGAUUCUCUCGUCACUCUCCACAGAAGUGCUCUAAUUGUGCUACAGAUCGGACGUCGUUCGUUGAUUUCGUGUUUGCUUUCGGUUUAGCUUCGGUUACGGAAUUAACUUUCAUAUUAUACGAUUCCCAAUCCAUACAGUUUUGUUGAUUAUAUCCACAUUUUGAAGAGUGAUUUUCAGUGAUCAGUGAUCACAUAAUGCCACGCAAGAAGCGUUCCUCCAGCCCGAUAGAUUUCUACGAUGAGGACUUUGAUGAGGAUGCCAGUUCGCAAAGCUCCCAACCUCCAGUGCAACGGAAUGCAGCAAAUGCCCGGGAACGGAUGCGUAUGCGAGUCCUGUCAAGUGCAUACGGACGUCUGAAGACCAAAUUGCCCAACAUUCCGCCCGACACGAAGCUCUCAAAGUUGGACACGUUACGUUUGGCGACGCUCUACAUUAAACAGCUAAUUACAGCCGUCGAGACGGGCAGCCACAGCCACAGCCAUAGCCAUAGCCAUAGCCACUCGAACAACAGCGGAAUGGAUGCCCUGGACACGAGUCACAUGCCAGAGGCGUCACACGGUGGUGGGGCCAACGUGGGAGGAGGAAGCAUAAGCGGAGGCAAUUUCCAUUUCCACAAUGGAGGACACAGCGGCAUGAGCUGGCCCUUUGAGUUCCAUCAGAGCAAUCGCAGCCUGCCAUUUGGCUCCUCCGCCUCCCGCAUGGACUGGCAGUCGCUGCAGGCCCAGUCCUAUCCCAAGCCCGCACGCAUCGAGUUGGACAUUCCGGCCGAUCUCAGUUACGCCCAGUUGCAGGAAUCGCAUGGCCACUGGUACCAUUCGGAGAUGCAUCAGAUGGAGGUGACGGCCACUAUCAAUGGAUGCGCCUAUGAAACCGCCACAGCGGGAAUGGGACAGCACCAACGGAGCAUAGCAAUAGCUACCAGCCAUGCCCAUGGCUUAUAAAAUGCAUUUAAAAUAAUAAAUGAAUGGUGUUCUCACUCAGCUCAAGCCAAAUGUAACUUACUAACUAAUCGUAAUUGUAUUAAAUCGUGAUUUAAAUGUACUUUUACUUACAACUAAAUAAUUAAUUCAUAACUAUUUUAAUAGCAAAUAUAUGUCUUUAUCAACACUGAA